GUUAUGAAACCGUGUGAAAGCAUCACGACGCUUAAAAAUUUCCUUCCUCACUCCCAGAUUCCACUUCCCCAUCCAUCAGGGCUGCCUAUAAAGAGCUGGGGAGAUGGCCUCUCACUAAAGAAGGACGCAGGCAGCAGCGAGCACCCAGUCCCACACUCAAGGCCACACUCUGUCUGCGCAGCAUCAUGGAGGUGCCCGCUGCUGCCCUCGCCGUCCUCCUCUGCCCCACGGCCCUCUGCAGCCAGGUCUUCUCGGCACCAUUUGAGGUUGACACCCUAACGGCCUGCUGCUUCUCCUAUACUGCCUGGCAGCUUCCUCGCGAAUUCGUAGCUGACAGUUUUGAGACCAGCAGCCAGUGCUCCAAGCCCGGUGUCAUCUUCCAAACCAAAAGAGGCCGGCAGCUCUGUGCCAACCCCAGUGAGGACUGGGUCCAGGAAUACAUCACUGACCUGGAGCCGAAUGCCUGAGUGGCCUGGGAGUUUUGAGGAACCCAGUGACCUCAGUGGCCCGACUGGGCAGCAGGGGUCUGAGCCUUGGAAACACCCCUGUCACCUCCACAGCUACCUCUCCUGUG